AUGGCCGACAUGUCUACGUCUAAACACAGUCCCGAAUAUGAAGGGGAGUCUUUUGAUGACGCCCUUGAAACAGCCGAAAUCCAGGAGAACAACAACCUCAACGUCACCAUCCCCAAGUCCACUUCCACCCGAUCGCUGACCGACAGCCCUCCAAUUGGCUCACAUAUGUCUCCGGAAUCGACGGAGAAACCUCCGUUCCCUUCUGAAUCGCAGGACGAGAAGAAGACCGAGACCGUCGAGGGGCAGGACAAGGAUGGCCAGGGCCUGGAUGGACAGAAUGACACGAAAAAUAAGAAUAAGAACAAGCGAAAGGGGAAUAACCAGGACGAAGGAACGGAUACCAACGAUGAAAAUAGCUAUGACACCGACGAUGAGGUGAACACCGCGACCGAUGAGCCCACCCAGGGUGACAAGCCGGGGCAAGGGUCCGAGGUUACGCAGACAGAGGUAGAGAAGAACGGAGAAGAUCAUGAUAAGAGCCCACUGCAGAAGUCGCCUCUACUCACGUCCCACCGUUUGUCAACAUCGUCAUCGCUCGACGAGGUGAACCUGAUGAACAGCAAGGAAGACGAACCAACAGACAAGGCACAACGCCCAGGGGACAAAACAGAACCGCCUCCGUUGCCUCCCAAGGACGAAUCAGCCCCUCCGGCAAGCGUAGGGCUGAUGGGUCUGUCUGGUGGCCUGCCCUCAGUCCCAUGGGCGCCUCCUCCAGUGAACAAGAAUCCGCCUAUCCCCCCGCCAGCCCCUCCUCGAAAGUCUAGUGGCCCCUUCGCGUGGUUCUCUCGAAGCUCGACCUCGAACACUGCGAAGGACAUCAAAUCCCCACCCGCCUCUGCCAGCCGACGCAACACUGCCACCUCCGUAUCGACCCUUGGCAGCAACCUAGACCAGAUCGCUCGUGAUGGCGACGACGUCUCGAGUGUCGGUUCGAAGAAGCCGAGACGCAAUAGCCUGAAGGAUCAAUUCAAGAUGCUGCGCAUGCGCGAGGAGAGCCAUGCGCAAGAAGUCGAUCAGACUAGCGAAGGAGAGCAGGGUAUCUUGGCAGCAUCAGGAGCUAUCUCACCUUCAACGCCGGUCGCUCCUGGGAGAACAGGUUCUGUGGCUGAUGCUUCCACCCCCGUGGACUGGGAGAUGUGGCAGCACCUUGUAAAUAACGGGCCCCAAGCCUUGGCAAGCUCAGAGGAACUGAAUGCCGCUAUCAAACGAGGUAUUCCUCAGACGAUCCGAGGAGUGAUCUGGCAAAUUUUGGCGGAUUGCCAGACUGCUGAAAUGGAGGACAUCUAUCGAGACCUCGUUGCGCGUGGCACAGCACAAGAAAAAGAUGGACGAACAGUAAAUGGCACUGAGACUACGUCGUCGCGCUCUUCAGUCCGUUCCCACCACUCGGGUUCCGGGUCGCGGUCUAGCAGCGCUGCCCCUAGUCCAUCUUACGAAGGGGACACAGAUAAGUUGUCCAAGGAACAGGCCUCCAAUGACGCCGAGCGCCUGAAGAAAGCAAAGACAGACGCUGUUGCGCUGCAGAAAUUGGAGAAGACCAUUAGGCGAGACUUGGGUGCUCGCACUAGCUACGCGAAAUACUUUGUUUCCCAGGGCAGCCAAGAAGGCCUCUUUGGGCUGUGCAAGGCAUACGCCUUGUAUGAUACGGGAGUAGGAUACGCGCAAGGCAUGAACUUCAUUGCCAUGCCAUUGCUGUUUAACAUGGAUGAAGUCGAUGCUUUCGCCAUGAUGGUCAAGCUGAUGAACAAGUACUCUCUACGAGAUAUGUUCAUUCAGGAUAUGCCUGGGCUUCACCGUAGCCUCUACCAAUUCGAGCGACUUCUAGAAGACCUGGAACCCGCUCUCUACUGCCAUCUCCGGCGCCGUGGAGUUCCUCCUCAGCUGUAUGCCACACAGUGGUUCUUGACUCUGUUCGCUUACCGUUUCCCGCUGCAGCUGGUGCUUCGCAUCUACGACCUGAUCUUCGAGGAGGGACUAGAGACCACCAUCCUCAAAUUCGGUGUUGCGAUCAUGCGACGCAAUGCGGACGCACUACUUGAAAUGAAAGACAUGAGUGUGCUCACUACUUUCUUGAAAGAGCGUUUGUUCGACGCCUACAUCGACAAGCAGCCAUCCACCUCGUCAAUUCUGGAGUCAGGCUUCUUCGGAAGCUCCGGUGCCUCUGAUAAGGAGAUCUACCGAUCCGACAUCAUGGUGCAGGACGCCUGCGCCAUUCCCCUCACACCAGAAAUGCUUGCCACCUACACCGCCGAAUGGGAGGAGAAGACUCGAACCGAGAAAGAGCGUGAAGUCGAACUAGAACACCUGCGGCACACCGUGAGCACGCAGGGCGCGCGUGUCCGACUUCUUGAGGAACGUGCUGAAGCAUCGGACAAAGAGCAUGUGCAAUUGGCCUCUGAGUUGGUACACGUUAAGGUCGAGAAUGAGGAGCUGCGCGACCUCAAUGAUGCGCUGCAACUCCAGGUCACCGAACUCAAGAACGUGGUCGAUAAGCAGCCGGCCGAAGUGGAGGAGAAGCUCCGCCUGGAAAUGGAACGGAUUAUGAAGCGGAAUAUUGAAGUGCAAAACGAGAACCGUGCGAUGGAAGAAUCAAUGUCUGAGAUGGAGAAGGAGUUGGUUGCCACGAAAAUGAAGUGGGCAGAGGUAAGAUAUCUCCUUCAAUAUUCAGCAUGGGAUGCCGAGACUGACGAACUCGAACAGAUUUCCGAGAACCACGAGAACCUCCGCCAGAAAUGGAGCGACCUUCGUCGUGCCCUUGACUGA